UUCACUUCUCAUGACUGUACUGUACUGUACUGUACUGCUACUCUUCUUCUAUCCACACCUUAAUUACAUAUAUUUAUUACAAUUAACAUUUCUUCCCCAAUCCAUCAUAGUUUUUGGCCAUGGAUUCUGCAGCUUGGCCCCAAAUCCUCCAUGAUUCUAACCUAAUUGUAUUCCUAUCCUUAGCAACAAUCAUGUCGUUCAUCUUUUUCAUCGUCCUCCGAUUCGCUGGAACGAGGGUUUCUUGCGGCUGCGACAUCUGCCAAGAUUAUCUGAAAUCCACCUGGACCGACCAGUUCCUUAAUCUCUCCGAUUGGUACACACACCUGCUGAUCAAAUCCCCAACCCGCACGAUCCAUAUCCACGUUCUAAACAACACGAUCACUGCCAAUCCCGACAACGUUGAGUACAUGCUCAAGACAAAUUUCGAUAAUUUCCCCAAAGGAAAGCCCUUUUCUGCGAUUUUGGGGGAUUUCCUCGGACGAGGGAUUUUCAACGUUGACGGAGAUUUAUGGAGAUUUCAGAAGAAAAUUGCGAGCCUUGAACUGGGCCGGGUCUCGGUUCGGGCUUACUUUUUCGAGGUGGUCAAUCACGAGGUUCAUCGCCGGCUGCUGCCUCUGCUGGAAUCGGUUUCGAUUUCGGACGAGGUUGUCGACUUGCAGGACGUGUUCAGAAAAUUCUCGUUCGACAGUAUUUGCAAAUUCUCGUUCGGAUUAGACCCCAGGUGUCUGGAACUGUCGCUGCCGCUGUCGGAAUUCGCCGCCGCCUUCGACGCAGCGUCGAAGCUGUCGGCUCAGAGAGCCACGUCGGCAUCGCCGAUCGUAUGGAAAAUCAAAAGAAUUUUCAACAUAGGAAGCGAGAGGACGCUCCAGGAGGCGAUCGGGACCGUCCGAUUAUUAGCUCGUGACAUCAUCACACAACGCCGGAAACUAGGAUUCUCCGACCAGAAGGAUCUCCUGUCGAGAUUUAUGAGCAUUGUCGGAGACGAAGAUUUUCUGAGGGAUAUCAUCAUAAGCUUCUUGCUGGCAGGCCGCGACACCGUAACCUCCGCCCUUACAAGCAUUUUCCGGCUGCUUGCCCUCCACCCGGCGGCGGAGGCGGCGAUCCUGGAAGAAGCCGACAAGGUUCUAGGACCCUAUCAAUUAGGGCUGACAAACUACCAUCAAAUUCUGAAUCUUCAUCAGCUGAAUGCGGCGGUGUACGAGAGCAUGAGAUUGUACCCACCCAUCCAAUUCGAUUCGAAAUUCUGUCUGGAAGAUGAUUUAUUGCCUGAUGGGAGCUUUGUAAGAAAAGGAACUAGGGUUACUUACCACCCCUAUGCAAUGGGUAGAAUGGAAGAAAUUUGGGGGUCCGAUUGCUCGAAAUUCAGACCCGAAAGAUGGCUGAGAAAUGGGGUUUUCUUCCCUGAUCCGAAUCCGUUUAAGUAUCCAGUUUUUCAGGGUGGGGUUAGGGUCUGUUUGGGGAAAGAAUUGGCACUUUUGGAGCUGAAGACAGUGACGAUUUCAUUGCUGCGACGAUGUCGUUUUGAGAUGGUCCUAUCUGAGGAAUCUCCCAGGUUUUCUCUGGGGCUAACGGCUACUCUUCGGGACGGGCUUCCAGUUCGGGUUCGGGCUCGGUGACUGACAACAAAAAGAUCCGUCCAGUACUAUAGUUGUAGUAGUACUUUCAGUAAAGCGAAAUGAUUUGCAUGUGAAUAUUAAUUAAUUUAUUCCUAGUCUAGUCUAGUGUGUAUGUAUAUGUGUAUAUUGAUUGGGGACGUACGUGUUUAUAUAUAUAUAUGUGUGUGUGUGUGUGUGUGUUGGAUGCAUGGAUAAUUUUAGUGUUGUUGAAAUUUAAUUUAAGCAAAUGUUAGAAAAGUUUGUUAUUGAA